CCCAGACGAGAUCUGUGACUAUUUUGGGGUGAAGAUCGCCAUGUACUUCGCCUGGCUGGGCUUCUACACCUCGGCCAUGCUGUACCCGGCCGUGCUGGGCUCGCUGCUCUACGGCCUCAGCCACAGCGACCAGGUGGGGCCAGAGCCCCGGGGGACCCCAAAUACACGGGGGGAGCCCAAAUACACGGGGGGAUCCCUGUCCCUGUCCCUGUCCCCGUCCCCGCAGGAGUUUGUGCUCAGUGUCCAGGAGCUGCCGCGUGUCCUUCGCUUCCUGCCCAAAAUCAUCCUGGCCCUCAUUGUCACCGCCUGUGACGAGCUCUACAAGAAAGUGGCCUUGUGGCUCAAUGACAUGGAGAAUUAUCGGCUGCAGAGCGCCUACGAGAAACACCUCAUCAUCAAAAUCGUGCUGCGGGGACGAGUGAGCGGUGACCCCUUGGCCACCGUGUCCCCGCAGAUGCUGGCCACGCUGCUGAUCACGCGGCAGUUCCUGCAGAACGUGCGCGAGGUGUCGCAGCCGCACCUGUACCGGCGCCUCCGCCGCGGCGACCUCAGCCUGCGCCACCUGCGCCAGCUCGCCCGAGCCCUGCUCCGCCUGCUCGCCCCGCGGCCACCAGCGCCGCCCGCGCCCGAGGGCGAGAAGAAAUGCCUGAACGGCGGGUGCGGGGUGGGGGGGGGGGGGACCCCCCCAGACCCCUCCCUGCCCCAGCCACGCCUCGCUUGCCCCCCCCAGGACACGUUCCAGGACUACCAGGAGAUGUUUGUCCAGUUUGGCUACGUGGUGCUCUUCUCCUCGGCCUUCCCGCUGGCCGCCAUGUGCGCCCUGGUCAACAACGUCAUCGAGAUCCGCAGCGACGCCUUCAAACUCUGCUCGGGGCUGCAGAGACCCUUCGGCCAGCGCGUCCAGAGCAUCGGCCACUGGCAGAAGGUGAUGGAGGCCAUGGGCGUGCUGGCCAUCGUGGUCAACUGCUACCUGAUAGCCCAGUGUGGGCAGCUGCAGCGGCUCUUCCCCUGGCUCAGCCCCGAGGGAGCCAUCGUGUCCGUGGUGGUGCUGGAGCACUUCGCGCUGCUGCUCAAGUACGUGAUCCAGGUGGCCAUUCCCGAUAUCCCCGCCUGGGUGGCCGAGGAGAUGGCCAAGCUGGAGUACCAGCGCCGCGAGGCCUUCAAGAAGCACGAGCGGCAGGCCCAGCACCACUUCCAGCAGCAGCAGCGCCGCAAACGCGAGGAGGAGGAGCGGCAGCGACACGCGGAGCUGCAGGCGCGCCGGGAGCGCGACCCCGCCCGCGACGAGGCCACCAAAGCCGAGGCCACCGGGCAGGACCCGGCGCACGACAAGAGCCAGGCCAAGGCGAAAAGCUCCGCGGGCUCCUCCUCGCACGGGCCGGACAAGCCCAAGCGGCCCAGCUCGCUGCUGGCCACCAACAACGUGAUGAAGCUGAAGCAGAUCAUCCCCCUGCAGGGGAAAUUCCUGUCGGGUGGCACCGCCGCGGGUGGCACCGCCACCGCCGCCAGGUCGCCUCAGUCGCCCACGGGCGGUGAGAACAAACUGCCGGGAUUCCUCAGCUUCAAAUUCCUCAAAUCGCCCGAGACUAAGCGGGACGCGGGUGGCACCGAGAAGGUGCAGUCGCCCACCAAGCCCUUCAACCCCGGCAAGCUCUUUAAUUUCGGCAAGUCCGAAGGGCUCGGGGCCAACGGGGGAGCGGCCAGCGCGGCCCCGCAGCCCCGCGCGGGGCCCUCGGCGGACGCGGGGACGGGGAAAUCGCAUCUCAACGAGGAAGGGGCGCGGGAGGAAGCGGAGAACCGGCAGGAGGAGGAAGGCGGCGGUGCCCGGCUCUGACCGGGGGCUCCGGGGGCACGGGAGGAACCGGGAGAGCGGCGGGGCCCGGUUCUGACCGGGGAUUCGGGGGCUCCCGGGGCACGGGGAACCGGAGAACCGGGCGGAGGAGGAGGAGGAGGAGGGCGGCGAUACCCGGUUCUGACCGGGGAUCCGGCGGUUCUGGGAGCUCGGGAGGAACGGGG